AUAAUACAUACACAGCUGUACAUAAAAUCCAAGCAGCUCGCAGAGUACAUGUAAUAAAAUGCCACGAAAAAAAACCGAGGAGUUUUACAAAUUACACGGUUUCACGGCCAACUGUGAGCGCGGGAAGUACACGGCAACCUGCAACUUCUGCGACAGAGUGCUCCAGAACACCGCUCUGACGCGCUUAGCGUUGCAUAGGCAAAAUUGUAAUGAACCGCCUUUCCUCGUAAAGACACGUAAGGACACCCAAGCCGAGUACCUGGACGAGUAUAUUGAGAGCCAGCACCAGAUCAAGAUCCAAAAUAUGUCGGAUGAAGAAGACGACGGUUUGGCCAGUGACAACGAAGGAAAAGAGAUUAUAGUUAAGAUACAACAAAUUCUGGAUGCAGCCGAUGAUGGGAAAGCUAAGCAAGCCCUGGUUAAGGGGGAAACUUAUGAAAGUGCUGACGCGGAGCAAGAGGCAGUGCAGCAAAUGGAAUUCGAGAUUUCCAGCGCCGAUUUCAUAGACGAGAACAAAGAAAUGGAGGAUUCAAACAACGGUUCGACAAUGUUCUUGGAGCCCAGGCCCAAAAACAAUCUUGCUUCCCUUAAGGCGGAAAAGAUGCGAGCGGAGAUCCGGCAUUACCAGAGUAAGACCAAGUUCCUCAAAACAGAGACCGACAACCUGAAACUCGAGCGCACCCUGGCUCUACUGAGGAUUCAAAAGCUGAGACUGGAAAUCGACGGCCUACGCAGCUAAAUUCCGUGUCCCCUAGAGUUUAAUAAUCAGCAAUAAGAAAAGUGAUGUGAGAUUGAGACUUAUAUGCCACUCUGUAAUAUCUAUAUAUUAUAGAAUUAAAAAAAGAUAACAUUACUAUGUAUUUUUCAAUUCUUCAUAUCUGUAUAAAUAAUAAAUGGCUUAAGAAUA